AUGGACGCAGCAGUAAAGAUGGCCGCCUCCAAGGCAGCAAUCGCCCCCUUCGAGGCCACCCCUCUCGACGUCAUCCCCGCCGUCUCCAGCAACGCCCGCGCCACCUUCCGCUCCCACCAGACCAAGGACCUGCAAUGGCGUAUCGUCCAGCUGCGCAAGCUCUACUGGGCCCUCGAGGACUUCAAGCCCUCCUUCGUGGCCGCGCUCGACCAGGACCUCCGCAAGGGCGGCUAUGAGGCCGUCUUCACCGAGAUCGACUGGGUCAAGAACGACUGCAUGUUCAUGAUCAACAACCUCGAGACCUUCGCCAAGACCCAGAAGCUCAAGUACCCCGACGUGCCCGCCACCUACAGCAUGAUGAACUUCCGCGUCAAGAAGGAGCCCCUGGGAACCGUUCUCAUCAUCGGCCCUUACAACUUCCCCGUCCAGCUGGUCCUGGCGCCGCUCGUAGGUGCCAUCGGCGCCGGCUGCACGGCCGUCAUCAAGCCCUCGGAACUCACCCCCGCGUGCGCCAUGGUCAUGAAGGAAAUCAUCGAGACCCGGCUGGACCGCAACGCGUUUGCCGUCGUCAACGGCGGCAUCCCCGAGACCAACGCGCUGAUGGAGGAGAAGUGGGACAAGAUCUUCUUCACGGGAUCCGCCCAGGUCGGCUCCAUCAUCGCCCGCAAGGCCGCCGAGACUCUCACCCCCGUCUGCCUCGAGCUGGGCGGCAAGAACCCGGCCUUCGUGACCAAGAAGGCCAACCUGGCGCUUGCGGCUCGCCGUCUGAUGUGGGGCAAGACCUUGAACGCCGGACAGGUGUGCAUGAGCCACAACUACGUGCUCGUCGACAAGGACGUGGUCGAUACCUUCAUCGACUUCCUCAAGGUCGCGUACAAGGAGAUGUUCCCCAACGGAGCCAAGGCCAGCGUGGAUCUGGCGCGCAUCGUCAACGCCAGGCACUUCACCAGGAUCAAGAAGAUGCUGGACGAGACCAAGGGCAAGAUCGUCAUGGGCGGCCAGAUGGACGAGAGCGAGCUGUUUAUUGAGCCCACCGCCGUGUUGGUGGAUAGCCUCGAUGACCCCAUGAUGCAGGAGGAGAGCUUCGGUCCCAUCUUCAGCAUUUACCCCGUGAACACCCUCGACGAGGCGCUCAACAUUGCCAAUGAGGUGCACAGGACGCCGUUGGCGCUGAUGGCGUUUGGAGACAAGUCUGAGACCGGAAGGAUCCUCGACGAAAUGACCUCGGGCGGCGCCUGCAUCAACGACGCCUACUUCCACGGCGCGGUGCACACGGUUCCCUUCGGCGGCGUCGGCGACUCCGGCUGGGGCGCCUACCGCGGCAAGGCCAGCUUCGACACCUUCACGCACUUCCGCACCGUGUCCGAGACGCCCACGUGGAUGGACCGCUUCCUCCGCGUGCGCUACAUGCCGUACGACUGGAGCGAGCUGCGCUUCCUGCAGCGACUGACCGACAAGAAGCCCAACUUUGACCGCCAGGGCACCGUCGUCAAGGGCGUUGGGUAUUGGAUGUGGUUCUUUUUGGGACUGGGGACCCAGGGGGGUGGUGCUAAAGGUGCGUUGAAGAGGUGGCUGGUCGUGCUGGCUGGCUAUUAUUUGUCCGUUUAUGUGAAGGCGAGAAGGGCUUGA